CGCGGAUUGGCCGGGGGGCGGGGCCGGCGGGGUUUUCUCCCGGGCUGGGCUGACGGCCGCGGCCGGGAACUUCGGGAGUGUGCAGGCGCCAGCGGCCGUUCGAGCGGCAGGCAAGCAAGAUAUUGUGCUGUUAUCCAGUUGUCAUAGUUGAUUUCACUCUACAAAUCUUCAAGAUUCCUACUGGAGUGAAAGUGUCAGUUGUGAUAAUGACAACUGAAGUUGGUUCAGAGACCGAAGUAAAGAAGGAUUCUGAGCAACUGGGACCAGACAAAGCUAAGGACAAGCCUGAGGAAGCAUCAGAGACUCCAGGAGAUCAAAAGUCCAGGGAAACAUCCUCUGGAGAGGCUCAAGAUUCUUCUGUCCCAGCACCAACUAGCAAAAGUAGUCCAAGUAGCCAGAAGAAGGAAAAAUCUUCACCUGAAAGCAAGGGUAUUUCUCGUUUCCUCCCCCCUUGGCUUAAGAAACAAAAGUCAUACACCUUGGCAGAGCCCAAAGAUGAGCCCAAGAAGAGGGCCACGGGGGAAGAGCAAGUAGUUGAAGAAAGUGAAAGCCAGGCACUAGAGGGGGUGGCUCAGCCAAGAAAGAGCUUGGAAGAAGCAACUGAAAACCGGCAGAAUGCUAAAGCAGAUGACAAAGAAAAACACUCAGUUAGCAGUGCUGAAAUACAGCCUUCCAAAGAAGAUGGUAAAGAAACAGAGGAAGUUGCAGAGAAAAAGGAAGAAAGACAAGAAGAAAAAAGGGAGACAAAAGAAGUGCAGACAGCUGAAAUUAAAAUAGAUAGCAUUCCUCAGAAGUCUCCAAAGAAAAUCAAAACUGUGCAGUGUAAGGUAGUGCUUCUGGAUGGCACGGAAUACAGCUGUGACCUAGAGAAAAGAGCAAGAGGACAAGUGCUGUUUGAUAAAGUAUGUGAACACCUCAAUUUACUGGAAAAGGACUAUUUUGGGCUGUUGUUUUAUGAGAAUUCAGAGCAGAAGAACUGGCUAGAUCCUUCGAAGGAAAUUAAGAGACAAAUUCGAAGUCUACCUUGGAUAUUCACCUUUAAUGUGAAGUUUUAUCCCCCUGAUCCGUCACAGUUGACUGAAGACAUCACUAGGUAUUUCUUGUGCCUACAGCUUCGCCAGGAUAUUGUAUCUGGCCGACUGCCAUGUUCUUUUGUGACUCACGCCCUCCUUGGUUCAUAUACCCUGCAGGCUGAGCUGGGUGAUCAUGACCCAGAGGAGCACAGCAGUGAUUAUAUCAGUGAAUUCCAGUUUGCACCCAAUCAGACCCAAGAAAUGGAAGAGAAAGUGGCUGAGCUACACAAAACACACAGGGGCUUGACUCCAGCACAGGCGGAUUCCCAGUUCCUAGAAAAUGCUAAGAGACUCUCCAUGUAUGGAGUGGAUUUACAUCAUGCCAAGGAUUCUGAAGGUGUGGAUAUCAUGCUGGGUGUCUGUGCUAAUGGCCUGCUGAUUUACAAAGACAGACUCCGGAUCAACCGCUUCGCUUGGCCAAAAAUUCUGAAGAUUUCCUACAAGCGAAGUAAUUUCUACAUCAAAGUCAGGCCAGCAGAACUGGAACAGUUUGAGAGCACUAUUGGGUUCAAACUGCCAAACCAUCGUGCUGCUAAAAGGUUAUGGAAGGUUUGUGUGGAGCACCAUACUUUCUUCAGACUUCUAUCACCAGAACAGCCUCCAAAAGCAAAGUUUCUGACCUUGGGUUCCAAGUUCCGCUACAGCGGCCGUACGCAGGCACAGACACGACAGGCCAGCAACCUCAUAGACAGACCAGCUCCGUACUUCGAACGCACCUCCAGCAAACGUGUUUCCAGAAGCCUUGAUGGAGCUCCCAUGGGUAUUUCAGACCAAAGUCUUGUAAGAGACUUCUCUGCUACUGGAGGGCAGGCUGCUGGAGAUAAAAUCAUUGAUCUUGAAGCUGCUGGUCAGGCCAAGUUAAAAGAAGGUGGCAGAGAAGAAGAUGAAAGUCCACUCAAAACUCCACAAUUAGAAUUGAAUCAGGAUGGAAAGAUCAGUUCCUUGAGAGUAGACGGGGAAAAUAUUUAUGUCAGACAUAGCAAUUUAAUGUUGGAGGACCUGGAUAAGACCCAGGACGACUUACUGAAACACCAGGCUAGCAUUAGUGAGCUCAAGCGCAAUUUCAUGGAAUCCACACCCGAACCACGCCCAAAUGAGUGGGAAAAGCGGCGUAUCACACCUCUGUCCCUACAGACACAAGGGAAAAAAGGCGACCACAUUUUCCAAGUGAAAACACUGCCUGGGAAGGAGAAACAAUGGAGUGCAAUGCCAUGGAUUGCUGGAGCAAAACCAGAGGAACCCGAUAAGAGCCUGGAAGAGGAGAUAACCUCCAUUUUGUUUAGUAAGGAGCGCUUCGGCGCCGGCACCAGCGGGCCCUUCGCCGCCGCCAGCCCGGGGCCAGCAGAGGGCGCUGCGGGGGAGCAGACGGGCGCCGCCGCGCCGGGGCCCCAGAGACAUGCUUCCAGAGCAGAAGGGCCUUGUACUGGAGUCAGCGAUGCUGAUAAGAGUUCACAUGAGACUCUGGACAUAGUGGAGGAGAAGAAGCAGGCAGAGUUUGGGAUAGAAGAAACACUAGUCGUAGACGAAACCAACAAAGGGAAAAUGCAAGUUGCCACUGAUGCUGGGGAGACAUGUAAGGUGGAGCACGUGUCAAAAAAGGACUCUUCAUCAUUGCCAUCAGAUAGUAGCAGCAGCAGCAGUAGUAGUGAGAGUGAGGAUGAAGAGGUGGGAGAAUACCAUCCACAUCAUAGGGCAAUUGAGGAAGUCAUCAGGGAAGAACAGGAAGAAGAGGAAGACAUGAAAAGGAAAGAACAUGAAGAAAAUACUCAGCAUGUGGAAGCCAUACCAGAAGGCAGUAAACUAAAUGUACCAGUUGAGCACACACAAGUUACAGCUGAAGAUUUGGUCCAGGAAAAUACAAUUACUGUAGCUACAGAAGAGAAGAAUUUGUCAGAGCAAAUUAAGCAAGAUGUAGGUGAAGAAAAAGAGGAGGAACAGCUGAAACUCAAUGGAGAUGUGUCUCAUGUUGACAUUGAUGUUGCACCACAAUUAAUUUGUUGUUCUGAGCCUCCAGUAGUGAAAACAGAGAUGGUAACCAUUUCAGAUGCCACACAGAGAACUGAAAUCUCCACUAAAGAAAUUCCAAUUGUUCAAACAGAAACUAAAACUAUCACAUAUGAAUCUUCGCAGCUUGAUGGCAAUGCUGUUGGUGAUACUGGUGUGCUGGUGAGUGCACAGACAAUUACAUCAGAGUCCAUUUCUACUACCACAACUACACACAUCACAAAGAUGGUAAAAGGUGGAGUAUCAGAAACAAGAAUUGAGAAGCGCAUUGUCAUUACUGGAGAUGCAGAUAUUGACCAUGACGAGGCCCUGGCACAGGCAAUCAAAGAAGCCAAAGAACAGCACCCUGACAUGUCUGUGACAAGAGUGGUGGUGCACAAAGAAACUGAGCUUGCUGAGGAAGAUGAAGACUAAAAUAAAAAAUGCCCUCAAGCAAAUACUUCAG